AUGACUAUUUUAUAAUAAAAACAUUUGUUCUUUUCAUAAAAGAAUAAUAUUCAUGCUCAAGAUGCUGAGUAUUAUCAUGGCCCACAUUUCAUAUUUGGGAGUGGUUCUAAAUUUGAUCUCGUAAACUUAAGUCCUCAUUUAAUGCUCGCUUGGAUCAUCAUUGGACGCAUAAUAGAAGAUUGA